AUGGUGUUCAUUGUCAGUGUGUGUGUGUUUUAAUAAUUACAAUUCCUCUCAAAUUCCAAAUUCACAUUAUUUUCUUUGAUUAUUAUCAAUCAAAUUAUUAGUAUUAUGUUUUGAAUGUUCCACUCUCUGUAUGAUGUUUACUGUGCCAGUGUAACUACAAUGAACAAAAAUAUAAAUGCAACAUGCAACAAUUUCUAAGAUUUUACUGAGUUACAGUUCAUAUAAGGAAAUCUGUCAAUUGAAAUACAUUCAUUAGGCCCUAAUCUAUGGAUUUCACAUGACUGAGAAUACAGAUAUGCAUCUGUUGGUCACAGAUACCUUUAAAAAGAUGGUAGGGGCGUGGAUCAGAAAAGCAGUCAGUAUCUGGUGUGACCACCAUUUGCCUCAUGCAGCGCGACACAUCUCCUUCGCAUAGAGUUGAUCAGGCUGUCGCUGGAUAUUGGCGGGAACUGGAACAUGCUGUCGUACACGUCAAUCCAGAGCAUCCCAAACAUGCUCAAUGGGUGACAUGUCUUGUGAGUAUGCAGGCCAUGGAAGAAGUGGGAUAUUUUCAGCUUCCAGGAUCCUUGCGACAUGGGGUUGUGCAUUAUCAUGCUGAAACAUGAGGUGAUGGCGGCGGAUGAAUGGCACGACAAUGGGCCUCAGGAUCUCGUCAAGGUAUCUCUGUGCAUUCAAAUUGCCAUUGAUAAAAUACAAUUGUAUUCAUUGUCCGUAGCUUAUGCCUGCCUAUACCAUAACCCCACCGCCACCAUGGGGCACUCUGUUCACAAUAACAUCAGCAAAUCGCUCGCCCACACGACACCAUACACUCUGUCUGCCCAGUACAGUUGAAACCGGGAUUCAUCCGUGAAGUAUGAAAAUGUAUACACUCACUAACUGUAAGUCGCUCUGGAUAAGAGCGUCUGCUAAAUGACUAAAAUGUAAAUGUAAAUAUGAAGAGUACACUUCUCUAGCGUGCCAGUGGCCAUCGAAGGUGAGCAUUUACCCACUGAUGUCUCCCGAGUGGCGCAGUGGUCUAAGGCACUGCAUCGCAGUGCUAGCUGUGCCACUAGAGAUCCUGGUUCGAAUCCAGGCUCUGUCGUAGCCGGCCGCGACCGGGAGACCCAUGGGGCGGCGCACAAUUGGCCCAGGGUAGGGGAGGGAAUGGCCUGCAGGGAUGUAGCUCAGUUGGUAGAGCAUGGCGUUUGCAACGCCAGGGUUGUGGGUUCGAUUACCACGGGGGGCCAGUAUGAAAAAUAUAAAAAAUAAUGUAUGCACUCACUAACUGUAAGUCGCUCUGGAUAAGAGCGUCUGCUAAAUGACUAAAAUGUAAAUGAGGUUUACGACACCGAAUUGCAGUCAGGUCAAGACCCUGGUGAGGACAACGACCAUUCAGAUGAGCUUCCCUGAGACGGUCUCUGACAGUUUGUGCAUAAAUUAUUCAGUUGUGCAAACCCACAGUUUCAUCAGCUGUCCGGGUGGCUGGGCUCAGACGAUCCCACAGGUGAAGAAGCCGGAUGUGGAGGUCCUGGGCUGGUGUGGAUACACAUGGUCUGCAGUUGUGAGGCCAAUUGGAUGUACUGCCAACCUCUCUAAAACUACGUUGGACGUGGCUUAUGGUAGAGAAAUUAACAUAAAAUUAUUUGGCAACAGUUCUGGUGGACAUUCCUGCAGUCAUUAUGCCAAUUGCACACUCCCUCAAAACUUGAGACAUCUGUGGCAGUGUGUUGCGUGACAAAACUGCACAUUUUAGAGUGGCCUUUUAUUGUCCCCAGCACAAGGUGCACCUGUGUAGUGAUCAUGCUGUUUAAUCAGCUUCUUGAUAUGCCACACCUGUCAGGUGGAUGGAUUAUCUUGGCAAAGGAGAAAUGCUCACUAACAGGGAUGUAAACAAAUGUGUGCACAACAUUUUAGAUAAAUAAUAUUUUUGUACGUAUGGAAAAAUUGUAUUUCAGCUCAUGAAACAUUGGACCAGCACUUUACAUGUUGUGUUUAUAUUUUUGUUCAGUGUAGUAAAGGGCAGAUGUUCUUUCACAUAUCAGAACCCCCCCCCCACCCCCACCCGUGGUGCCUCUACAAAAGCCAUUAUCUUCUGUAAAUGGCAUCAAAUUGACUUUUAAGUUGAUCUAAUGAGAAAUAAACCCCACAAAGGCAACGCAAAAAUUAUAUUAUUUACUAAAUGAGAAUUAUGAUUAUAGAAAUUAUAGUUCUUACUUGGGGGUAAAAGUAUGACUAAUGUCUACUGCCUCUGCAAAUUUUUCAGUCAAUUGUUAUUUAGACACACUCUGCAACAAUGUUUUACUUAGAAAAGGAAGGCCUGAUACACACAUUUUUUUAUUUUUUUAUUUCACCUUUAUUUAACCAGGUAAGCCAGUUGAGAACAAGUUCUCAUUUACAACUGCGACCUGGCCAAGAUAAAGCAAAGCAGUGCGGUAAAAACAACAACAACACAGAGUUACAUAUGGAAUAAACAAAACGUACAGUCAAUAACACAAUAGAAAAUCCAUAUACAGUGUGUGCAAAUGUAGUAAGUUAUGGAGGUAAGGCAAUAAAUAGGCCAUAGUGCAAAAUAAUUACAAUUAUAAUUUAGUAUUAACACUGAAGUGAUAGAUGUGCAGAAGAUGAUGUGCAAAUAGAGAUAAUGGGGUGCAAAUGAACAAAAUAAAUAACAAUGUAAAUAACAAUAUGGGGAUGAGGUAGUUGGGUGAGCUAAUUACAGAUGGGCUGUGUACAGGUGCAGUGAUCGGUAAGCUGCUCUGACAACUGAUGCUUAAAGAUAGUGAAAGAGAUAAGUGUCUCCAGCUUCAGAGAUUUUUACAGUUGUCAAAACAGAUUUACACACUGGUGGUACUUUUGGAAAGAAAGUAGUUUAAAUUGGCUGUUAGUGCCAGUGAUUGGCUGCUUGACCAUGGCGUCAUAGACAUUUAUUGGACAUUCAUGUGUUUAGUUGUGGUUUUGGACCAGGCUCAGCCAAGCUCAGAGUGGUCAAGCUUCGAUGGAUUGUGAUUGAGGUGGCUAUCUAGGGCCUGUGUGCUUUUGUUUAUGUGUGUGUGUGCGAGUAUGCAGGCCUGAGUGUGUGUCUUUGUGUGUGUGUGUCUUUGUGUGCGUGUGAACUCUCCCUCAGAUUACAGAUAAGGCUAUGCUCUCUGACUUGGUCUUUGGCUGGAGGAGAUUAGGUAGAAUGUCAAUGCUAUCUUCAGAUUGUGUUCUUGAGUUAAAUUAACAAGUAUCCAAAUACCAGAGGUAUUUUAGAAUUAGAAACUAUAUAUUUAAUCUAAAAUGUACUUGUUGGUAUUGUCACCCUGCUGUCAGUAGCAGUUGCUGAACAACACUGUCAGCGGUCGUUCACAGGUAUGUAGAUGUCAUGUGUGGGGUGCAGCUGUGUGAAUCUUUCUGCAUUGAGAACAGAGUAGUUAUUAAUAAUAUCACAGGGAAGGAAGGAACACGGUGCCCUUCCUCCCUGCUGAAACACUCUCAACAGCCAGCCUGCCUGCCAGCCUCUGUUCUCUGGAUCAUGUGCCAGCGCUGAUCCCUCCCCAUCCUAAAGUCUUCGAAGUUGUUAUUUCUUUAUUUUUUUCUAUUUUUAUUGGCUGGGAGAAGAAGACAUAACUAUUUUUGGGUAAGGUCUCUAUGGCAACAGCGAGCAGGGGUACAGUCACAGCAUCGGAGGCUGACAGUAAACAGCUGUGUGGAGCUCUAGUGGUUCUGGAGCUCUGCCGCUCCUCUUAAGGUCUACUCUACAUGAACACCAUUAUAUACACAGUAUGUCACCUGUCAUUACCACUCACUUCAGCUCAUUUCAUCUUAUGACAACUAUAUUUGAAAGAUAAUUUCCCUUUUCUUCUCCAGCUCUUCUGUACGCCACCAUCUUUGGAAAUGUGACCACCAUCUUCCAGCAGAUGUACGCUAACACCAAUCGCUACCAUGAGAUGCUGACCAACGUGAGGGACUUCCUCAAGCUCUACCAGGUGCCCAAUGGGCUGAGUGAGAGGGUGAUGGACUACAUCGUCUCCACAUGGUCCAUGUCCAAGGGCAUUGACACUGAGAAGGUGAGCCAUGGUCCUGAGUUUGGACCCAGGAGUGAUAAGUUCUAACAACACCCGGGCUUCCUGGGGUUAGAGCACAGAUACAGUAGUGGGUAUGGUUAUGAGAUACCUGCAGAAAACUUGUAGAACUCCCAUUAGAUUCUAAUGUAUGGGAAUAUACAAUGCCUCAAUGGCUCAGUACGAUGGUGAAAACCAUACUAUACCAUGCAAAGUAAUACAAACAACCUUCUCCAAAGCCUGAUUACCAGGUGUCUGUCUGUCCCCAUCUCCAGGUGCUGUCCAUCUGUCCUAAGGACAUGCGGGCUGACAUCUGUGUCCACCUGAACCGGAAGGUGUUCAAUGAACACCCAGCAUUCCGCCUGGCCAGUGACGGCUGCCUGCGAUCGCUAGCCGGGGAGUUCCAGACCAUCCACUGCGCCCCCGGGGACCUAAUCUUCCAUGCUGGGGAGAGCGUCGACACCCUCUGCUUCGUGGUGUCGGGGUCACUGGAGGUCAUCCAGGACGAUGAGGUCAUCGCCAUUCUAGGUGAGCAGCAGAGUGCAUCAUGGCCUCUUACUCCUGUUUCCACACCAACUUAUUGAUUAGUUCUUUAGUUUGUCUGUGGAUGAUGUUGUUUCAGCAGUUUGGCUUAUACCUUGUCAACUCAAACAGAAGAAAAAAAAAAAAACAGAUAUACAGUCUAAAGAUACUGCAUAUAAAGACAGAAAGAAGAGAGCGACAUAAGAGACAGAGUUGGAGACCAGCAGAGGGAGAUUAGCAGUGUGACAGAGAGAAAGAUAGGAGUCAUUCUUCAUUGUCACAGGCUGUAGUGCAGGUUGGUGUUUCCGGAGGCUCUUUUAUUGGUUUCCCACUUCCUUAACACUAGAACCACCAAGACGGUCAAUCUGACCCUUUUCAAUUUUGUAAUUUCAAUAACUUAAUUUCAACAAAAACCUUGAACCCAUUUGUCUCUGACUUUUCCUAAAUAUGUGUUUUUUACACUCUAGAGGGUGUUAUGAUAAAUAUCAUAAAAGACACAAACUUUCUGAAAAUUUCAUCCUCACAGCGCCAUGACGGUCAAAAUGACCGUAUGCAUAUUUAAUAGUAGAAUAGCCGGGCCUCGAGGAGUACCAAUAGCCACCAGUUUAAUACAUUCAUUUAACUAGAAAAGCCUGGCCCCCAAUGUUAUUUGGUUUUGUUUAUGUAGGUCUGUAAAUAUUUGAAAGAACAUAAAAACAUUUUCAUUAGUUUGUUACUGUAGGCUUAAACACAGAAAUUUAAGUGUAAAAGCUAUGAAACAAAAAGCAGGUGCGUUGGAACACAGUAAAAGCUUAUUUUUAUAAUACCAAAACAAAUACAAAUACCCAAACCACAAUUAAGAACAUAUCAUAGAUAUCAGUAGCCUAAGCAUCAGAAUAAGCGCCAAGCAUGCUUAUGAAUAGGGAAAAUCAGCACAAAGGCAAUAAUGGCAUUAUAAUGAAUAUAAGUGUCGAUAUGACAGCGGUCAAAAAUAGUCCAUUAUUGUCAGUUAUUGGACACAUUAUUUGUGGCCUCGAUCGUGCUUACAGUAUAGUGUGCAUCUUCACGCAACAGUUGGAUCUCAUUUAGCUGUUAUCCCUUGUCCUAACAGUCGCCACAAAUCUUCGCCACUUUCACUUGAUUGCAACACUUCCCACAAAGAAGUCUCUUGCAGCUGAAACAGGUGUCGCGGGUUCAGUUCUGCCUUGCGUGGAAUCUUUGCUGCUGCCUUGGCCUUCAUAUGUCUGUCAUAUAGCCCGUGUGCCAGACUCAUGAUGAAGUCUCUCCUGCUAUUGGUUAAGGUUCAUCCACUGCUUGAACAACACGUGUGCGUUGAUAGCAGCCAAGUCAAGCAUGUUGUAGAACACAGUAACAGGCCAGCACCUAGCUCAUCCUUUCACCUAGUACAGCCGUGCCAUCUGAUCCGAAACAUUAUCCGACACUCGCUCAUCUGCUGCCCAAUAUGGAUCCUUUCCCAGAUAUGGAAAGCCGUUCAGCAUUAUAGAGUAGACUAAUAAGACUGUGGACUGAUAUACACUACCAGUCAAAAGUUUGGACUCACUUACUCAUUCAAGGGUUUUUCUUUAUUUUUAAAAUGUUUUACAUUGUAGAAUAAUAUGGAAUCACGUAGUAACCAAAAAAGUGUUAAACAAAUCAAAAUAUAUUUUAUAUUUGAGAUUCUUCAAAUAGCCACCCUUUGCCUUGAUGACAGCUUUGCACACUCUUGGCAUUCUCUUAACCAGCUUCAUGAGGUAGUCACCUGGAAUGCAUUUCAAUUAACAGGUGUGCCUUCUUAAAAGUUAAUUUGUGGAAUUUCUUUCCUUCUUAAUGCGUUUGAGCCAAUCAGUUGUGUUGUGACAAGGUAGGGGGGUAUACAGAAGAUAGCCCUAUUUGGUAAAAGACCAAGUCCAUAUUAUGGCAAGAACAGCUCAAAUAAGCAAAGAGAAACGACAGUCCAUCAUUACUUUAAGACAUGAAGGUCAGUCAAUACGGAACAUUUCAAGAACUUUGAAAGUUGCUUCAUGUGCAGUCGCAAAAACCAUCAAGCGCUAUAAUGAAACUGGCUCUCAUGAGGACCGCCACAGGAAUGGAAGACCCAGAGUUACCUCUGCUGCAGAGAAAAAGUUCAAUAUUAUUUAUUUAAUUGUACCUUUAUUUAACUAGGCAAGUCAGUUAAGAACAAAUUCUUAUUUACAAUGACGGCCUACACCGGCCAAACCUGGACGACGCUGGGCCAAUUGUGCGCCACCCUAUGGGACUCCCAAUCACGGCCGGUUGUGAUGGAAUCGAACCAGGGGGUCUAUAGUGAUGCCUCAAGCACUGAGAUGCAGUGCCUUAGACCGCUGCGCCACUCGGGCUUGCCUCAGAAAUUGCAGCCCAAAUAAAUGCUUCAUAGAGUUGAAGUAACAGACCCAUCUCAACAUCAACUGUUCAGAGGGGACUGUCUGAAUCAGGCCUUCAUGGUUGAAUUGCUGCAAAGAAACCACUACUAAAGGACACCAAUAAGAAAAAGAGACCUGCUUGGGCCAAGAAACACGAGCAAUGGACAUUAGACCGGUGGAAAUUUGUCCUUUGGUCUGUUGUCCAAAUUUGAGAUUUUUGGUUCCAACCGCCGUGUCUUUGUGAGACGCGGUGUGGGUGAGCGGAUAAUCUCUGCAUGUGUUGUUCCCAACGUAAAGCAUGGAGGAGGAGGUGUUAUGGUGUGGGGGUGCUUUGCUGGUGACACUGUCUGUGAUUUAUUUAGAAUUCAAGGCACACUUAACCAGCAUGGCUACCACAGCAUUCUGCAGCGAUACGCCAUCCCAUCUGGUUUGCGCUUAGUGGGACUAUCAAUUGUUUUUCAACAGGACAAUGACCCAAAACACACCUCCAGGCUGUGUAAGGGCUAUAAUCUAACCUCAAAAAGCACUAAUCGCUCAGCACUAACAAUAUGAUGCAAAACACAGGGGGGGAAAAACAUUUUGACUGAACUGGGCCUUUAACAUUGUUGAUGGUAAGUUAUGAGGACUACUAGAGACAAGUUGGUGUACUUACAAGUCAGUGUAAAACAUUAAGAUCUGUCACACGCCUCAUUUGGUGCGAUGAGAGAGAGAGAGAGUUAAAGAGAGAAAGACCCCUCUGAUUUCCCCUGGCUAACACUAAGCUAACUCUGAGCUUUGGAACCUCUCUCUCUUCCUCAUUAACAGCCCAGCAGCAGAGGAGAGGAGAGGCUUGCAACACUCCCACUGUACCAAGCCUAUACUUGGACAACCUGCAGAAACACACACUUUUAAUAAUCCACUCCACUGGCCACAGGGCUACAGCAACUUUCCAUCUUCCAUCGCUAUCCACAUUCUCUGGGAUUUAUGAAACAACAUUCCAGCGGCCUUAUCAGUUUAUAAUUUUUUCCUCUCUUCUGGCUUUGUUGUGUUUCACGAAACGAUGAUCUGAUAAAUGUCUUAACCCAUUAUUCAUGCUGCAUUAUGAGAAUGGGAUAUUAGUGGGGAAAAGUAUUCAAACAGCAAUAUGUUCUGGCCCAGUGAGCUGAGUGGAUCUGCAGUAAGCUGAGGAAGUUGAGACUGUAUCAGUCCGCCUCAACACUGUGCCUCAGUCACAGAGAUCUGCUGGCUUCUAUAGAGCUAUAGUUGUUACUCUGACCACCAUUGAUCACACAGACAGGAAAAACAUUAAACACUGAAUUCACUCCCAUCCACCUCCACUAAGGAUGAUUGUACUGUAAUAGUAGUGCUGUAUUGAUCUCCAACCACAGACAGUAAUACACCUCCUCUUAGGUUAACCCUGACCUCUAGCUCCUCUAGAGCCACCAGGCUGAUCUCUCUAAACGUCUCCCCAUAUCUGCUCCAUGUUGCAUUUCUCAGGGGGGUUCAUUCUAGAUGUACCCAGGACACAAAUAUCUCCAUUUCUCUUUCUCCUCUCUCAGGUAAAGGAGAUGUGUUUGGCGAUGUGUUUUGGAAAGAGACCACUCUUGCACACGCGUGUGCUAACGUGCGGGCGCUGACGUACUGCGACCUGCACAUCAUCAAGAGAGAGGCACUGCUCAAGGUUCUGGAGUUCUACACAGCCUUCGCUAAUUCUUUCUCACGCAACCUCAUCCUCACCUGCAACCUACGCAAACGGGUAAGACUUAAACAGUGACACACACACGCACAAACACACACACGCACUCCGACAACUACGUGUCACUCCUUCUCCUUCUUCCUCCCUCUUCUGUAACCUAUUUUCUCAUCUGAAACUUUAGCAGAGCUUUUUUAUUGCUUUUCUCCUUGUCUGCUGAUAUGUUAGUUCUCCCAUCACUCAUGAGGGAUCUCUGGAAUGUAAUUUUCACAUUAUUAGGGUAUUAAUUCUAAAGGUAUUGAUUGUGUCUUUUCUCAGAGCCACUUUCACAGAAUGGAUUCGGAAAGUAUUCAGACCCCUUCCCUUUUUCCACAUUUUGUUUACGUUACAGCCUUAUUCUAAAAUGAAUUCAAUCAAAAAAUGUCUGUCAUCAAUCUGCACACAAUACCCCAUAAUGACAAAGCGAAAACAGGUUUUUUGAAAUGUUUGCAAAUGUCUAGCAAAUAAAAAACAGAAAUACCUUAUUUACGUAAGGAUUCAGACCCUUUGCUAUGAGACUCUAAACUUAACUCAGGUGCAUCCUGUUUCCAUUGAUCAUCCUUGAGAUGUUUCUACAACUGUGGUAAAUUCAAUUGAUUGGACAUGAUUAGGAAAGGCACACACCUGUCUAUUUAAGGUUCCACAGUUGACAGUGCAUGUCAGAGCAAAAACCAAGCCAUGAGGUCCCCAAGAACACAGUGGCCUCCAUCAUUCUUAAAUGGAAGAAGUUUGGAACCACCAGUACUCUUCUUAGAGCUGGCCGCCCAGCCAAACUAAGCAUUCGGGGGAGAAUGGCCUUGGUCAGGGAGGUGACCAAGAACCCGAUGGUCACUCUGACAGAGCUCCAGACUUCCUCUGUGGAGAUGGGAGAACCUUCCAGAAGGCCAACCAUCUCUGCAGCACUCCACCAAUCAAGCCUUUAUGGUGGAGUGACCAGAUGGAAGCCACUUCUCAGUAAAAGGCAGAUGACAGCCCGCUUGGAGUUUGCCAAAAGGCACCUAAAGGACUCUCAGACCAUGAGAAACAAGAUUAUCUGGUCUGAUGAAACCAAGAUUGAACUCUUUGGCCUGAAUACCAAGCGUCAUGUCUGGAGGAAACCUGGCACCAUCCCUACGGUGAAGCAUGGUGGUGGCAGCAUCAUGCUGUGGGGAUGUCUUUCCCUCGAUACUAGUCAGGAUCGAGGGAAAGAUGAACGGAGCAAAGUACAGAGAGAUCCUUGAUGAAAACCUGCACCAAAGUGCUAAGGACCUCAGCCUGUGGCGAAGGUUCACCUUCCAACAGAACCACGACCCUAAGCACACAGCCAAGACAACAGAGAAGUGACUUCGGGACAAGUCUCUGAAUGUCCUUAAGUGGCCCAGCCAAAGCCCGGACUUGAACCCGAUCUAACAUCUCUGGAGAGACCUGAACAUAGCUGUGCAGUGACACUCCACAUCCAACCUGACAGAGCUUGAGAGGAUCUGCAGAGAAGAAUUGGAGAAACUCCCCAAAUACAGGUGUGCCAAGCUUGUAGCGUCAUGCAUGCAUGUGUGUGAGUACAUGUGUGUGUCGAACUGGCACUAUAUGGCUGGGCCAAUGUGUGUGUGAUUUGGUACCAUGGGGUGAAUGUGUGUGUGUUUGUGUGUGUGUGUUUUUGGUUUUACUAUCCUUGUGGGGAAAAAGGCUAUUUUAGGCUUAGAGGUUAGGGUUGGGGCUAAGGUAAGGGUUAGGGUUAGGUUUAUGGUUAGUGGUUAGGGAAAAUAGGAUUUAGAAUGAAAAUCAAUUGUUUGGUCCACACAAGGAUAGUUGAACAUGCCUGUGUGUGUGCGUGUGUGUGAGAGAGCGAGCUGGUACCAUGGCUGGUGCUUGGGAGUAUAUGUAGUGAUGAGCUGGUGUGAUGGAGCACUGAUUGAGCUCCAUCUCCAUGACCCAUAACCUUAUUAGUCACAAUGCAGAGUGUGAGGCAGAUGAUGACGGCUAGUAUUUGGAUCAUCGCUGGUCCUGUACUGAGGCAGGUCUGCUUGCUAUUCUUUUCCUGGAGCUCGUGACAUACUAUAGGUCUCUCAUUCAGUCCAUUAGUGGCUGUGGCCGGUGGGGAUAA